AUUACAGUCACAGACGGUUUGGUGUAGUAUAGAGAUGAUUACUGUCACAGUUUCCCUGCAGGAGUCGGAGAGGAAAAGUCCCCGCAGUUAGAGCAGCGUGGUCGGGCGGAGGUGUGGUGUAGUCCUAACCCAUGUGGUGCCCUAUAGGCAAGAUAUCAGCUCGGUUUGUCGGGGUUUCCCCCCCGAAAUUUUGGCGCUUUUCCGACACAUUUUCCUCUCUCUUUCUUAGUUUUUUUUGGUGCUUGUUGAGCCGUUUCUGGCUCUAUAUUUGUCGUUUUUUGACACUUACGUUGGUUUUAAAGCUUUUUUCCGAAGUUUUUUACACUCUUUUGUCUAUUUUCACGCCUUUGCAUCGCUUUAGUGCUUUCUUCAUCUCAGUAGUCGCAUUUUCUGUCAUCGAGGACACCAUUUUCCAUCGUUUUGUCACUUUUUUUGUUGUGUUUUUAAAUUUUUUGCAAAGUUUUUGCAUUUUUUUUCCACAUUUUUGUUGUUUAUUUUCUAAUUAUCUGUACUUUUCUUUACUCAUUUGGACCGCCGGCGUCCUUAGCCUUUGCCCAUACUGCCUCCGUCCCAGGCCGGGCCUGGGAGGUGGGGGUGGGAAGGGGUUCAGGAUGCAGCAGUGUGGCCGGGCAGAGUCCUUCCGGCUGCUGCUGGUCUGCUGGCUGGUUGUCGGGCCGGUGCCGGUGCUGGCUCAGCUCCGCCACCCUGUGCCGGUGCUGUGGAUGAUGACCAGGAACCAGAGCGCCGGCGUGGCCCCGGCUGUCCGGCUCGCUCUGCAGGACCUGAAGAGACAAGCGCCACCGCUGGGGGACUAUGAGAUCCAGCUCCAGCUGCUGGACUCGCAGUGCGACCCUGCCGAGUCCCUCAGAGCGCUGUUCGACGCCAUGUGGGCGGGGCCAAAGUACCUGCUGCUGUUUGGAGGCGUGUGUCAGUCGGUGACGGCGCUCAUUGCUCGCUCUCUGCCGGCUCUCAACCUGCUGCAGGUGUCUUUUGCGGCCUCUUCCCCGAGCCUGUCCAACAGAAAGUGGUACGGGAACCUGUUCAGCACGCUGCCGUCGGACCGAGCCCUGAACCAGGCCGCGGUGAAGCUGCUGCAGCGCUACAAGUGGACCAGAGUCGGUGUCCUCACGCAGGACGGACACCGCCUCUCAGAGAUGAAGAAAGACCUGCUGAGACAGCUGCUGAAGGCGGACAUUGACGUCAUGUCCACACAGAGUCUCUCUGGAGACGUCUGCAGCAGCCUGAGGAGGCUGAAGGAAAGUGACGUUCGGAUCAUCGUGGUGCAGUUUGAAGAGGAUUCUGCCUCUGAGGUUUUCUGCUGUGCCUACAGACUGAACAUGUUUGGAACGCGGUACCAGUGGAUGGUUGUGGACGGAGGAGCAGCUGGAUGGAGUCUGGGGCGGCAGGUUCCCGGCUGCACGGCCGACAGUGUGCAAACGGCGGCAGACGGAUCCAUCCGGCUGCAGACGAGACGGCUCAGCAACACCAACACACCGGGAGUCUCUGGACGGACUCCUCAGGACUAUGAGGACUCGUACCUCCGCCAGCUGACCCAGGACGGGUCAAAGGUCAGCAGCUCCCUCCAUAGCUUCGCCUACGAUGCCGUAUGGGUCGCCGCGAGAGCUCUGAGUCAAGUGCUGGAGGCGGUGAAGCACAGAGAGAAGUACGACAGCCAGAGAAACAGCAGCAUCGGGGAGGAGGAAGUUCAUAAGACGCUGCUGGACGCCGUGAAGCAGACGCAGUUCCAAGGAAUCACAGGUCCAGUUUUCUUUCGAAACGGGGAGAGGAUGACGUCCAUCGAGCUGAUCCAGUUCCAAGGCAGCAAUGCUGUGUUGGUGGGAGACUUCAGUACCUCCACCCAGCAGCUCCGUCUGAUGAACCAGCUGCUGAUGUUUAAAGGUCCCGGACCAGCCAGAGACCGCGCCGUGGUGCUCCCCCAGCGGCAGCGUGUCGACCUCCUCCUGCACGCCGUUGUGUCCUACGCUGCAGCUGUGACCAUCUUCAUCACUCUGACCGUCCUAUUCUUCACCGCCAUCUACCGGAAACACUGGCUGCUGAGGGCGAGCGGUGCAUCCUGGGACGUCCUGCUGCUGCUGGCCGUCCUGCUGUCCUCCUCCUCGGUCCUGAUCGCCGGUCUGGACGGAGCCUCGCAGUCCGACCGCACUUUUGAAGUCCUCUGCUCAGUUCGUCUGUGGACUCUCUCUGUGGGACACACUGUGGGCUUCGCUGUGCUCUUCACCAAAACAUGGAGGCUUUAUUCACUCCGCAGAAUCAAACAGACUCAGAAGCAGAGAGCCGGCUGUGUGGUGCUCUGGAUCUUCCUGUUGGAUGUGUUUGUUUUGACUACCUGGCAGAUCCUGGACCCUCUCAGACGGGUGGUGCUGCAGCACGGCUUACAGAGUGAGUCAGCUGAUCAGGACGUCGUCAUCCGGCCGUACUCUGAGCUCUGCAGCUGCACCAACAUGGAGCUGUGGCUCACCGCCGUCUACGGAUACAGAGCUGCUCUACUGGGCCUGGGGUGUUUCGUGGCGUGGAGCGCCCGGACUGUGCCGGUGGGUCAUCCUGCCGUCAGCGGUAAACACCUGGCGCUGAGUGUGUUCGCUGUGACGGCGUUCAGUGUGUCGGGAGCAGCGGCGUCGCUGCUGACGUCCCACAAUCCUCCUCUUCAGUUCUGUCUGACCAGCGUGCUCAUCCUCUGCUGUGACGUCUUCACCCUGGGCAGCCUGUUCGGACCGAAGCUCUUGUAUGUGUGUGCGAACGGCAGCGAGCUGCAGGAUGAAGUUGCAGACGGAGAAGAGGAAAAGAGGGAGCGGCUGAGACGGUUAAACCAGCAGCUGAAGAGUCGAACUGCUCAGCUGGAUGUAGAAAUAGAAACCAUCACCAUGCAGCUCCGUGACGCGUCUGAUCCAGCUGCUCCGGAGCCGAAGCCUCACAGGACGAGAGGAAGUAACAACGGUGGAGUCAGAUCUGUGAGGUGGACUCAUGCAGCUCAGGUCUGUUCUGACAGAAACUCAGGGACCAACCCUUCAAGUCCAGACAGCAUCAACUCUCCUGAACGCGUGCGGCGCCGUGUGUCCAUGCAGCUGCCAAUCCUUCAUCAUGCCUACCUGCCGGCCGUGGGCGGCAUCAGCGCCAGCAGCUCCAGUCUGUUCGCUGGCCGGGACGCCUUUGCUCACAGCGAUGACAACUUCCUGUUAACCUGACCCACGUUGCUGCUGAACCAAUCGGCCGGCAGCGGUGACCUUCACCUGGGACUGUUCUGAGCCAGAGGAUUCUGGUCCUGUAAUUUCAUAAAUGUUAUUAGAUAUGAAAAGAAGACAGACUUUAAAGGGUAACUUCACAGGUUUUUUUCUACGUGGACCCCUCAUUUCCCUUUGUGUUUGUGUCUAAGUGACUAAUGGGAACAACAAUCUUUGAAAUUGGUCCAGUAUUGAGCGAGAACGCUGUAACUGGCAGCUGUGAACCGGGCUGUAAUGUAAUCCUACAGGACAAAUGUUCAGAGUCAGUCAGCGUCCACUAAAAGUUUUCGCUGCUGACAGACUCAGAUUAUUAUUCUAAGUGUCUGACAACAUUAUGAAAGGAUCCCUACAGAGAUAGACCUUUUAGUUAAAGAGUAAGAUCCUAUGUCAACAUUUUUAGAAAAGGUUGUAGCAGAGCAACUUAUCACUUUCCUUGAGAACCAUGGCAUUUUUGACAAAUUUCAGUCAGGUUGGGUGCCUGGUUAGCUCAGUUGGUAGAGCAGGCACCCAUGUAUAGAGGUUUACUCCUCAACGCAGUGGCCUCUGGUUCGACAAUGACCUGCGGCCCUUUGCUGCAUGUCAUUCCCCCUCUCUCUCCCUUUUCAUGUCUUCAGCUGUCCUCUAUAAAUAAAGGCUUAAAGGAAUACGCCACGAUUGUUAAAAUAGAGUUAUCACCAUCUCCUCUAUAUUUAUAUAGGUGGGCAAACGCAUUUUUGUCUCAGUGCAUGCAUUGUCUUAGUCUGGCAGCGCCGCCGCUAGCUUAGCUUAGCAUAGUGAAUGGAAUCCUAUGUUGCCGUUAGCAUGUCGUGAGUAAAAGUGAGCCAACAACAACAAAAACAAAACCUGGACAACCUCUAGUGACAUUAUGAUGUCAGCUGAGUCUGGGGCACACACGGUUCAUCUGCCUUUGACUCCAUUGAGCAUACUAUUAUGAUCAACAGACUUAUUUUCCAUAAUGUUGUCAGACACUUAGAAUAAUAAUCUGAGUCGCUAGUGGACGCUGACUGACGCUGAACAUUGGUUCUGUAGGGUUACAAUACAGCCCGGUUCAUCUUAAUACUGGACCAAGUUAAAAUUUGUUGUUCCCAUCAGUCACUUAGACAGCUUGAAAAAUUCUUAAGUUGCUCUUUAAAUCAUUUUGUUUGCCAUUAAAAUGUUCUAUAUCCUAAAAUGUUUUUCUGUGGGCUCACAAGAGCAACAAAUACUGAACAAUGAACGGAGAUAAAAGUGUUAAUUUUUAGGAUUACGAAAUCCCGUGUAAACAUGAGCUUUGAGCUGCUUCAGGCUUCAGUUCAACUCUGUCAACAAACAAAGAGACAAAGAGUUUGACAUCAACCAGUUCCACUUCUUUGAAAUGGGAAUCAUUAAACUAACCCCUACAGUUUCUGUGGUGACACGCAAAUGAAGAAGACCUAAAAUAUUCUAGGAUGAAGACAUACAGUAUGCUCUUUAUUGUCAUUUCACCAGGUCCAAAGAAAUGUUGUAUGGCUUCUGUCACUACCCGAUGUGAGUCGAGUGCAGAUGUGAGUUGCGCAUGCUCAGAUUUAAACGGUUUACGGCAUAACGCCAAGGGAUCCGGAUCUGGCUGCAUUGUGAAAUCCAUACAAUAAUAAACGUUUCUCAUUA